AUGAAAGCUGUAAUUUUAGCACUGGCAUUGACCCUUGUGGAAACUGAUCUAAAUCCCAAUAAAGUUUUAUCAUAUUAUUAUGAAUUUCAAAUUCAGAACAGAAUGCCUGAAAAAGGCUUUUCAAGUGCUGGAAUAAAGGUUAUGUGUCAAGCAGAAAUUGGUCAUGAUGAUCAAGGCCAGAACUUUCUACAGGUUCACUCCUUUGAAGCAAUGGAUUACAAUGGCAUAUACCCUUGGACACCCUUUAUUUCAUCACCCAAACUAACUGAAGUGUUUGAAAAACAGUUCAAGGAUUUAAUUGUUACAUAUCAAUACAAAAAUGGGCACGUAGAAGACAUAAUGGCUCCAGCACAUGUCUCAGAAUUUGCUUUGAACCUCUGCAAAGGAAUUUUGAAUAUACAUGAAUAUACCAUCAAGAGUGACCAGAAAAACUAUAAUUUAAGAGAGAAUGGCAUUGAGGGUAGAUGUAACACAACAUACAUCAUUCAAAACACUGAGAAACCAGAUGAAUUCUUGAUGACCAAAUCCAAGGAUUUAACUGAUUGUGAUAACAUAGCUUUAAAAGUUGUUGGUGCUGCAUAUGUUACUCCAUGUCAACUCUGCAGACAGAAAAAUAGGAAUUUUCAAGCCACUGCCACAUCAAACUACAGAAUUAAGGGUUUGAAGGGAGGAAAUGAUAAACUAAUCCUGCAAGCCAAUGUUCAAGAAAUCCAACAAUUCAUACCAUUCGAUGAACAAAAUGGAGAAAGUGUCAUAAUGGAGGCCAGACAGAAAAUGGAAUUCUUGGAAGCCCAUAACCGCUUGCCACAAAUACCUUCUGACUUGAAGAAAUAUGGGUCACUUUCAUAUAAUUUUAAAAAGAGUGGAUUUGCUAUACUUCCUGUUCCAUUAUCAAAAAUCAAGAACUUAAACAAGGAGAUUGAGGAUGGAUUGCGUUACCUGGCAGAUGAAAAUUUUCCAAAGGAUGGUAAAAGAUUUGUGUAUCUUGUCAACCUUUUGCGCAAAGAAAAUGAAAUCAAUUAUUCUGAAGUGUUUGACCCCUACUUUAGCCAGCCAGUGCAUAGAGCCAUCAUUUUGGAUUUAAUUUCUGCUGUGGGUACCUCAACGGCACUAAAAUAUGUGAGGCACAAAAUGGUUCAACAAGAAAUCACCAGAUUUGAAGAAGUCCAGACAUUGCUGGUGUUCUUCCAUUUCUGCAAUGCAUCUGAAGAAGUAGUUGAAGAAGCUAUGGCCAUUGUGACAGAAGUUCUUAAAGGUCCACAGAGUGUCUAUCGUACUUCCAUCUGUCUCUGCUAUGGGACAUUACUUUCCAGAUUCUAUGCUGUCUCAGACACAACCCCCAACAAAUAUCUCAAGCCUCUGACUGAUUUUGCAACUAAAGCCAUAAGGUCAUCUGAUAUAGACGCAAGUGUCUUGGCUCUGAAAGCAUUUGGAAAUGUGGGACACCAAAUUGUCUUGAAACCCAUUAUGAAGUAUCUGCAAACUGCUAUUCCCUCUGAUGUUAGAAUUCAACAGAAUGCAAUCAUGGCUCUAAGAAAUCCUGGGAAAAAAGAUCCUAUACGGGUACAAGAGUUUUUACUUCAAAUAAUCAUGAAUCACAAUAGUGCUCCUAUAGUCCGAACAUGUGCAACCUUUGUCCUUAUGGAAUUGAAGCCUACUUUGCCUGUCCUGAUGACCUUAGCCAAUGCAAUGUUACAUGAACCUAGCAAACAGGUUAAAAACUUUGUCUACAUGUACCUGAGUGCCAUGGCCAGAAGCACAGCUCCUGAAUUCCAAGUGGUGGCUUCUUCUUGCAGGAUGGCUCUCAAAGUACUGUCUGUAAAAAUUCAACGGUGGGCUGGUUAUCAAUACAGCAGAUUUUACUUUAUUGAGCACUUUGAUGAAUAUUAUAAGGCUGGUCUGGGAGUAAAAUCAAUCUUUCUUCAUUCAAAAGAGAGCACGUACCCAACAUUUAUAAUGACCAAAUUCAAGGCAAACUUCAUGGGCAGCAUAAUUUCUCCUCUGGAGGUGGGAAUUGGAUCAGAAAUAAAUGAAAUCAUAGAAAAACUGCAAGGAGCUAUGAAAAGUGGUGAUUGGAAUCCUGAUUCACAACAGCUUCAAAUAGAGGCAUAUCAUGGAAACAUACCUCUUCCUUGGGUAAAAGAUUUUACAGAUCUCCUUAAAAAUCUUCAAAAUAUUCACUGGGAGAAAUAUUUCAUGUCUGCAGAAAUCCAGCGUGCUGUACCAACCUGUACUGGGUUACAACUACAAAUAGGUUUGGUCCAUGUUGCUCACACAAAAGUUACUGGAAAUGUUCAGUUACUGAUGAGUCCAGAACCAACAUCACAAAUCACAUGGCCUGACAUAAUUAACAGCAAUAUCAAACUGAGAACUGGACUGACACUUCAUAUGAAGAAGGACAUGGUCUUAACAGUAGGAAUUGUUACAUCUGAAAUUCAUGCCUUUCUGGAAAAAAAGGCCAUAUUGACAGCAACUGUCCCCAUAAAUGUGGAUGUUGCUGUGAAUAUAAAAGAAAAUAACUUCAAACUUGAAUUUCCGUCAUGCAAACAGAAAACAGACAUAAUUACUCUAAGAUUGAAGACAUCUGCUAUCACAAGUAAUAUUGAAGAGGCACCUGCUGCUAUGUCAACUCCUGUUUUACUCCCUGAGAGUCUGUCUAAAAAAACAGUACGGCCCUUUGAUUUCCCAUCAGCAGAAAAGGAUGAAAGAAAGGACACACUUCCAUCAGAAAAAAAAUCAGCUGAAAAUCGUGAAGCCCAAUUAGAACAGUACUUGGAAUCAGUUCACCAAGCAAAGUGCUUUGAAACAUGCACCUUCGGUUGCAAGGCUUGCUUUGACUGGGCCACUCUGUACUCUGGAUGUAUGUUAAGAAAAUCUAUAUACAACUUCAUUGGAGAACAUUCUUUCAAAGUAUCCCUCAAGGAAUCUGAUACAAAAGCCCCAAUUGAGAAGCUAAGAUUCAUCAUUCGAGGAGGUGUUCAUGCUGCUGAGGAGAUGGUGCACUUGUUAAGAAAUGAAGAAGAGGAUCUAGUGAUUAAAAAAAGGGAAAAGGUCGUCUUAGAUGCGACUGAUAAGAGAAGCGAAAGUUCAUCAAGCAGUUCUGCUCAGGACAGAGUUUCCAAGAAAAACAUAGAACUAAAGCAAGUUCCUACCAAGCAGCAUCAGGAUAAUGAUCAAGAACAACAGGAACAGGAUCAGAAGAGGCAUCAAGGCCAACAGCAUCAUCCUCUGGGAAAAAAGCAACAGCCUGGUGAUACUAGCAGCAGCAGUAGUGACCACAGUGACAGCAGCAGCAGCAGUGACAGCAGCAGCAGCGACAGCAGCAGCAGUGAUAGCAGUGACAGCACCCAAGAUGAUAAACAUAUUAAUGGAAGACACCAAAAGGAGAAGGGUGGCAAGACUUAUCCAAGCCAUGAGAAAGGCAGGAAUGAAAAGAAGCAAGCCAAGAGGCCAGCUGUCCACUAUGGUGAGAAGGAACCCGUCAAUUCUAACUGGAAGAACUCUUUCCCUGAAGUAAGCAUUAGCUCAAAACCACUGUUGGCUGGGAGGUGGUUUGUCUCUUCCUUUAGCACCGUGCAUUCAAGUAACCCUCGCUUUGCUUUUUUCCUUGGACUUUUUCAGACAGUGCAAGGCCUACAAUGGGCAACUCUCACCUUCCAGGAAAGCCAGAUCAAGCAGGAGCAGCCAAGCAGUCCAUUAUCUUAUUCAGAAGCAAGCAGCAAGAAUGAGUCCAGCUUGCAACAGGAGGCAAAAGCUCCUGGAGAAGUACUUCUGCCAUAUGUCACUGCUGUGGUUGAAGCAGUUCGGAGUGACAGCAAAAACCAAGGCUAUAGAGUUUCCCUAUAUGGAAAGCCUGAAGUCUACAAAAACCAUUUCAAAAUGGUUGCAAGUGAAAUUAGCCAAACUAAGUGGAGAGCAUAUCUUGAUAGCUUUUUGCUACCUCUCAGAUUCAAGAAUUCUUUAUGCUGGGGACAUAAAUGUAAGGAUCACGAAAUAAGACUAAAGGUAUCCACUGGCCAAGUUGCAAGCUAUCCAGCCAUCCAAAUGAACAUGAAGUGGACAACGCUUCCUUCCCUCCUAGACAGCCAUGCUUCUUGGUCUAUGGAUUUCCUUCCUAAUGUUGCGUAUGUUUUAGGCUUUUCCACAGCCUAUCAGAAGAAUCCCACUCAUGAGAUUACAUUCAGAUUUAUUGAAAAAUCUCCAGGAGCUAAUGUUGUCAUCUUUAAAGUUCCUGGUAAAACCUUUUACAGGGAUGAUUUCUGUACUGCUUUUCCUUUACCUGGCUUCCCAGUUCCAUACUAUCAAACUCCAGAAUUAAGCACCUUUAAUUUAGCUUCAUGGCUAGCCAAAGAAGUUGAAGCUGUAUGUGAGGUGCAGGAUGAAAGGAUUACAACUUUCGACAAUAAGAUAUUCAACGCUAGUAUUGCUGAGAGAGAAUGUGACCUUCUGAUAGUCAAGGAUUGCACCACAUCUGAAAGUUAUAAGCCACAAUUCCUUAUAUGGAUCCAAAACCCCAAACCUUGUCUCUCAAAAGAAAUUUACAUGUCCUUUAAUUCAAUAGAAAUCAUAAUCCGAUCUUCCUUAGGUACACUGACUGUGUUACGUAAUAAAGUACCAAUACUAACAAACAGAGAAAGAUAUGAGGACGACAGAGCAAGCUUUAUAAUUACCAAAAAAAACACCACUAUUAUUGUCAAGGCUCCUGAACUCGGCUUGGAAAGUGUGACGUAUGAUGGUGUCAUACUAAGGAUUAUAGCUUCUGCAAAGAUGAAAGGCAAUACCUGUGGACUUUGUGGAGACUACAACGGAGAAAUAAAACAUGAAUACCUGAUGCCGGACAAGUUGUCACUGAGCAACACUGAUUUUUUUCAUUCCUGA